AACCGACCGGUCGGUUAUUGGUUAACCGAGGCAAUGGCGUCGGUCGGUGUUCGGUAGGGGGAGAUGGUGGUUCGGUUAACCGGUAGCGGACCAAUCGAUUAUCGGUUAUAACCGAACCGAACCGAAUCCACCCCUAGCUCACCGUGGCCAUAAUUCAAUGUACAUAAUACACGCACGAGUAGUCUUCGUCGAUCUGUCAAUUAAGAUCUAGUACGUAGUCGUCACGAAAUUCACCACUACAAGCAAGAAGAAGAAGAUCCACGAAAGAGUACAGCCAUUAUUAUAAAAGGACUAGAACCCUAGCUAGUCCCUGAUUUUCCUCCCAUGGAACACAUUCUAGGUAACGCAAAAUCAAUUUUUUUUCAGAGCAGAAAGAUGGCGUUCACACCUCCAGCCGACUGUGGGCCGAAGUUUCCACCGCAGCAUCAGCCGCAGCAGCCGGGGAAAGAGUACCUCAUGAACCCGCUCCCGCAGCCCAUCAACCCUAACUACAAGCCCUCCGCCAAACUCCUUGGGAAGGUAGCUCUGGUGACAGGAGGGGAUUCAGGAAUCGGCCGAUCCGUCUGCAUCCACUUCGCAAUGGAAGGCGCCACCGUCGGGUUCACCUUCGUCAAAGGCGUGGAAGACACCGACAAGAACGAGACCAUCAAACUCAUCAAAAAAUUCAAAUCCCCUUCUUCCAAAGACCCCAUCGCCAUAGCAGCCGACUUCUCCCGCGGCUGCGAAUCCGAAUGCCAGAGGAUCGUAAACGAGUUCGUUAGGCACUACAAAACCAUCGACGUCCUCGUCAACGACGCCGCGGUCCAGUACUACACCAAUUCGAUCGACGAGCUGACCGAGGACAGAGUGGAGCGGACGUUCAGGAUCAACAUCUUCGCUUACAUCUACAUGGCGAGGAUCUCGCUGAAGCACAUGAAACAGGGGAGCUCGAUUGUGAACCUCACCUCUGUUUUGGCUUAUGCGGGGAGCAGCGAGCUGGUGGAUUACAGCGCGACGAAAGGGGCGAUCCUGACGUUUACGAGGAGCUUGGCGCUGAAGGUUGUGGGUCAGGGGAUUCGGGUGAACGGGGUUGCGCCGGGGCCGAUUUGGACGCCGCUGCAGGUGGCGUCGCUGCCGGCGGAGAGGGUGGCGACGCUGGGGUGUGAGGUGCCGAUGCAGAGGGCCGGGCAGCCGUUUGAGGUUGCGCCGGCGGUUGUGUUUCUGGCGAGCAAUGAGUGCUCUUCUUACUUUACUGGCCAGGUCCUGCAUCCCAAUGGCGGGAUGAUUGUUAAUGCUUGAACGGUGUUUGCUGUGUGAGUCGAUGAAGUUUCUUUCGGUGUAUUAUGGUGCUGGCUGAGAUUUGUGAGAAUAAAUUCAAGAUUUGGGUAUGCUCGAUGUAACACUGAUCAUGUAUGGAUUAUGAUGUAAUCUUGAUGAAUAAAAUAACGGAAUCAAACUAUUAUGUAAUCUGAUUGUGUGAAUUGUUGUUUAUGGUUCAUUCGAUCUGGAUUGUUAACUGUUAAGCAUGAAGUGGACGAGUAACGUUUUUUUUUUUUGAUAAUGGAAGUGGACGAGUAACGUUGUUAUUGCGUGUAUAGUUAUUAGAAAUGUGUUAGCAGAAACCUUUCGAAACAUACUAACGAGCGUCAGAUUUUAUAAUGGCAUUUCUAAUUCUAUUAUUGAUAAAGCAAAAUUAUGUACAGGCAUAUGUAAAAUCUGUAAUAGUAACUGUGUGGGAAUUGAAGAAUGGUAGGAGAGGGAGAGGGGAAGGGAGAGGCGCGAGGUGUUUAAUCGUUUAAUCUGUAAUAGUAACAAGAGAUUGGCCCAGUGGUAAUAUCACUAGUUUAGAGUCUGGAGGUCUCGUGUUCAAAUUUCUUAAGUAAUACUUUAAUUACCAAAACGAAACCUAUGUAAAAAGAAAUCGUUUAUGGGAUUUUAAACUAUCAGAAACAUGCAUCACCACCAUUAAAGGGAUGAUAUUAUGGAUGGUUUGUGGAUGACUGGAUGAGCUCCCUAUCAGGUAGAGGUGGCAAAUGGAUUCGAUUCAUGGAUUGGUGGAUCCAUGGAUCAAAUGGAUCGGAUUCAAUGGAUUGGUGGAUUCAUGGAUUGGAUCUAGUGGAUUAGUGGAUUAUCCAUGAAUCCAAAUGACAUCCUCAACCAAGGACCAAUAUGUGAAAAGUUUAGGUACUAAAAUGUCAUAAUAAAAAAUAUUAGGUACCAAAAUGUAAUUUUCUAAUGAUAUUUUUCGUAUAAAAAAUCAAAUUCUAGCUACCAAAAUGUAAAAUAUAAAAAGUAUAGGUACCAAAUCAUAAUUUGCCAUUUGGAUCUAUGGAUCAAUCCAUAAAUCCACCAAUCCACUUGGAUUUGGAUCAAAUGGACUAGAUUGAAAUGGAUUGGAUUAGGUGGAUAUUUUUAAUGAAUUGGUGGAUUGGAUUGAGAAUUGCCACCUUUACUAUAAGGAGACGGGAGAUGACCGAAAGGCGAGAGCAGCGAACGUAGUGUGCUUUUUCACUUUUUAUGGAAUUUUGUGUGUCGUGCCGACACCAAUGCCGCCACAUUUUUGUGAUCGAUUAAGAGCUUGAAUUUUCGAUAUAUUGAGUGAGUCUAGUUCAACUAUUUAAUUAAUAAAAUAUAAGGAAAUAAAAGAUAAAAAAAACAAAAACAAAAAGCCAUCAUUCCUUUCCCUUUCACUUCUUUGCCCUUCCAUUGUAAAGCAAAGCCAACGCCCUCCGUCACAGAAAUCCACCACCAUUGGCGUUGUUGGCUUGUUGCCGUGAUCAACCAUUACCACCAAAAUUUCGAAUCCAUCGUCGGUCAAAAUCACCAUUGUCAUCAACCCGCAGCCGCCUUCUGGUCAUCGCCAACAUCGUUUCUGUCACGGCAAUCCACAAUCAUCGUUGCCGCCGAUUGGCCAACACCACCCAAAUCCCGAAUCCUCGGCAGUCGAUUUCACCACCGUCAUAAACGCAAUUGCCACCGCCCGGUUAUCCCAUCAUCGUCUUUGUUGUGCCAAUCAACCACCAUCAUCGUUGUUGUCGCAGGUCGGCCAUCACCAACCACAUCCCGACACCCUCGAAACCACCAUCAUCAUCAAGACUCCUCCCCCUCGUUUAAACCGCCGCCUGUUAAACUCCAAUAAAUCGAACCAAGGAAACGAAUAAGAACACGAGAUUUAU